CAAACACUUGGUAAAUACAGCAGCAUCAGAAGGGGGAGGGUGCCAUUAAUUGGAAGGAAUUUUGCUUUUUUACACCAUCAAGUUUUUUUCUUGCACUUCUGUCCAGUCUAGAAAAGUCAGGUUUUUGUACCUUGGGGAAAGAAAUUAUAAAUGCCUUAGAGUAUGAUAUUUAACUUGAAAAUCCACCUUAGCUUUUUCUUAAAACACCACCUUUGGCAGAGUAAAGAAUUUUAAUAGCUAGGUAUAUGAGAAUAAGAGAUGAGAGGUGAAUUAUGUACUCGUUAAAUUAAUCUGCCUCUUUCCCCAUCUUUGCUGCGGGGUACCACCCAGUGUUCAUUGUCUUCCCGUUAUGCAGCCCUUUUAUCCCGGAGCAGGGCAAUGGAUGAGGAUCUGUGCCUUGUGUUAUGUCUGAUCACAGUUUGACUAGCACAGUCUGGAAGUGGGUUGUGCAGGAUGAGAACAGCAGCCUAAUUGCUCUCCCUGCCUCAGCAGCAUCUAUAAAGCAUCCUGGGAAUUGCUCGCCCCACGUUCAGAGCAGCUGGUCACAUGAGCCUGGAUUUUCAGUUCAGUUCAUUAGUCAGCCAUUUUGGUCAACACCCUGCUUACUGCGCACAACCAAUCCUAUUAGAACUCAGCAUCCCGGCUCAUCUGAGCAGAUCCUGGAAGUGAUUUCUGCAGUUCAGGAUUUUUUUAAGCUCAAUCGAAACUAUUGGUUUAUUUUUCGGGGAUUUUUUGUUUUUGUUUUUGUUUUCUGGGUUUUUUUUUUCUGCACAAAGGAGGAUUUUUCACUUACUCAUGCAGAGGCCAGUUUUUUAAAGCCAGCUAAGGUGGCAUCGGCUGUGCGGGAUUUAAAGCCUAUAGCUCAGCUGAAAAAGGUGGGGGAAGGGAAGAUCCAAGGAGAGAAGCUAGGAGAAGACCAGGCAUCAUCUUCUUUCGCUAUGUGCUAGGAGCUUUCGAUGAGAAAAGAUAGUACAGAAUUGUUUAUCUCGAGCAGUUGGUUCUUAAACCGUAAGGCAUUUUUCCUUGUGUUUUGUUUGAAUCUCCCCCACCCCUUUUCUUGAGAGCUUUGUUCCAGAGCUUUGGAUUUGGGGUUUUUUUGGUGAGGAGGUUUUAUUUAUUUUUGUUGGGGUGAGUGUGUGUGUGUGUGAGUGUGUGUGUGUUGUGGUCCCAGCUGAGUCAUCAUGUCUGCUCUGACGCCUCCAACCGAUAUGCCAACCCCCACCACUGACAAGAUCACACAGGCCGCCAUGGAGACCAUCUACCUUUGCAAAUUCCGAGUGUCUAUGGACGGAGAAUGGCUCUGCCUGCGAGAGCUGGAUGACAUCUCACUUACACCUGACCCAGAGCCUACCCACGAAGACUCUUGGGAGGAUUUGACAGAUUUGGUGGAGCAAAUGCGCGAUGAUACAGAAGAUCCUAAUUAUCUCAUGGCUAACGAACGCAUGAACCUGAUGAACAUGGCCAAGCUGAGUAUCAAGGGCUUGAUUGAAUCCGCUCUGAACCUGGGGAGGACUCUGGACUCCGACUACGCUCCCCUCCAGCAGUUCUUCGUGGUGAUGGAGCACUGCCUGAAACACGGCCUGAAGGCUAAGAAAACCUUUCUUGGACAAAAUAAAUCCUUCUGGGGGCCUCUAGAAUUGGUAGAAAAGCUUGUUCCAGAAGCUGCAGAGAUAACAGCAAGUGUUAAAGAUCUUCCAGGACUUAAGACACCGGUAGGCAGAGGAAGAGCCUGGCUUCGCUUGGCAUUAAUGCAGAAGAAACUCUCAGAAUAUAUGAAAGCUCUGAUCAAUAAGAAGGAACUUCUCAGUGAGUUCUACGAAGCCAACGCCCUCAUGAUGGAAGAAGAAGGAGCCAUAAUUGCCGGCCUCUUGGUGGGUCUGAACGUCAUCGAUGCCAAUUUCUGCAUGAAAGGGGAAGACUUGGACUCUCAGGUUGGAGUUAUAGAUUUUUCAAUGUAUCUCAAGGAUGGGAACAGCAGUAAAGGUAGUGAAGGAGAUGGCCAGAUUACUGCAAUUCUGGAUCAGAAGAACUAUGUAGAAGAACUCAACAGACACCUAAAUGCUACGGUAAACAAUCUUCAGGCAAAAGUGGAUGCGUUAGAAAAAUCCAACACUAAACUGACAGAGGAGCUUGCAGUUGCAAACAACAGGAUUAUUACCUUACAAGAAGAAAUGGAACGAGUUAAAGAGGAAAGCUCCUACAUAUUGGAAUCCAAUCGGAAGGGUCCUAAGCAGGACAGAACUGCAGAAGGACAAGCACUGAGUGAAGCCAGAAAGCAUUUAAAGGAGGAGACACAAUUGCGACUGGAUGUGGAGAAAGAACUGGAGAUGCAGAUCAGCAUGCGACAGGAGAUGGAGCUGGCCAUGAAGAUGCUGGAGAAGGAUGUCUGCGAGAAGCAGGACGCCCUGGUGUCUCUGCGGCAGCAGCUGGAUGACCUCAGGGCUCUCAAGCAUGAACUUGCCUUCAAGCUGCAGAGUUCAGACUUAGGAGUAAAACAGAAAAGUGAACUAAACAGUCGUUUGGAAGAGAAGACUAAUCAGAUGGCUGCUACCAUCAAACAACUCGAACAAAGUGAAAAGGAUUUGGUGAAACAGGCAAAGACCUUAAAUAGCGCAGCAAAUAAACUGAUCCCAAAACAUCAUUAGGCAUUUUGCAUUUCGUCACCUCGCAAGUCUGAUGUACAACUUAAUUGUAAAGAAAGAAAUCUGAAAGUUAUUUCAUUUAAGCUCUGAUUCUACAUAAAAUGUCACCAAAAAUCGACUCUGAAUUUGUUGGACUUAAAAAACAACAACAACAAUUUGAUAUCUAGGCCAUGGGUUUUUUUCUUCUUCUUUAUUUUCUCCCUUGAGUUAGAACAUUUAGUAUAAGUUCUUAAUUAAUUGCCAAAUCAACUUCAAGAAAUUACUUUGUUGACCAAUAAAUAAAUACACCUUAAAAAAAAAAGGUUGAGUUGACCGAUAAAUAAACACCAUUUAAAAGUCGACCAAUAAAUAAACACACCAUUUAAAAAAAAAAAAAAGCCUAGGGAAUGGACACUCUGUGCAUCUUUUAUUGAUGCCUUUACAGCUCAGUCUCAGACAGUACCAGAUUCUAGGUGCGCUGUCCAUGCCAGAGAGCCUGCUCUACCAUUGCGAUGUAAUGGACUGGAGGUGACAGCCCUACAGACUUGGACUCUUCUAAAGUAGCUCUGUCUCCUAGGCCACGGCCCCUCCCCACGUUCCUUGUGUAGGUUUACUCCCCAAGCCACAGAUAAGUACUUAGCAUUUCACUACAGUUCUGUUCUCCGUAACCAAGAUUGCUUGCAACUUUUUUGCCUUAGUGACUUUGAGGGGGGAGGGAACAAACCCGCAUCCUUACAUUUCUUUAAAGUUCGUAGAGAUAAAGUUAGUGAUUAGGUAACUUACGAUAACAUACUAAUGUGGAAGCUUGGAAAACCCUCCUAAGAUUCGCCAUCUUCUACCUCUGCCAUUUUCCUGUAAUUCCACUUCCUAUUUAGGUAGCUCAGAGAGAAGAAUUUUAAUGAAAAAACUCGUCUCCUGUAAAAACAAAACACAACACAACACUACACAAUUUUCAGAUCUAUCCUGCUUUUCCUUUUGGAGUAAAGACAACAAGGUAUAAACAUAAGUGAUGGUUUCCCACCUGUCAUUUCUCGCUAGAAACAUUUACUUAAGAGUUUCUAUUACUUUCUGUUCCGAUGGGGAUUUGCUAAUGUCUCUGGGAAACUAACCAUCUAAUUAUUAGAAAACCAUUUCAGCGUAGGAAAUAGAUACAUGAUAAUCUCUUUAUUAUUAUUGAGUCUAAAAAUAAAAAUUUCCCAUAGAUCUCCAUACAUAGUAAUUAGCAGGGCUUCUUUUUCUAAGUGACCACAGAUCUAGUCCCCUUUCUAGGCUUUACAUUGUAAAUAAUCCUAUAAAUACUUGGAUUUUUUUUUUAAAGGAUUUUUUUUUUAAUGACUUUUGAUUUGGGGGAACAGGCUUUACAUAAGCUUUCAUUCCUUCAAUAAGUCUUGACAAAAAAAAAAUAUUUUUUUUCUCAUUUUGGUAUGAUUUGCAGCAUUUCAGCUGCUUAGGUGGGAACAAAGAUAACCCCCACCCUUUGCUUCCAGCUUUGAAACUCUUUAACUUCUUCUUGGAAAAACCAGAAUUAAGAGAGUAAGGUAGAUUUCACGUGUGCUUCUAUAGGUCCUUACAGACUUGAACCAAAGUCAAGUCAAAGAGCAUAUGACCAACCUCAUGGAAUAAACUGUGCUCUUGAACUUAUUUUAGUUCUUAUAAUUUUGCACCUUUUCUUAUCUUCAUCAGCCUUUUGUGGUGAUGAGUUGCCUUUUCUAUGAGCAUUUGGGAAGAGUGUUCCAACAUUAAAAUAAAUCAUUUUAAAGACUACAGAGUAUGCUUUCCAGUUCUAUUCUAUAGAGCCCCGGAUGUUUCACCUCUUAGAACGUGCUUCUUUAUAAGUGCAAAGUUACGGGAUUUAUAGAAGAAAGCAUUCACUAGAAUUUUCCAGAGAAUGUGAUCAGGAAUGUCAUAUAGGCCCGGUGCUGAGUUCUUUGUCCACUAAGUCACACACCACCUGGUAGGAAUGGAAGAGGAAAGAGAUGGCCAAACUCUGACAAAGGCUUUUCCUUAGAGAAGAACUCAAAGCCUAGCUAAGGGUUCAUGUACAAUGUCAGUGAUUUAAUACAGAUUGUGGUGUAGGGAAAGGACCAGGAAAAUGUUCUCGUUGCGCGUGUAAGAAGGUAGUUGCCCAUUUGCAAGUUCCAGUUAUGUGUGUAAAGCAGAAAUAUAAGGUACCAAACCUGUUAGGAAAUAAACCCAAACAAAGAAGUGGGUUUGACUUUAAUUCCUGUGUACUUGAGGUUGGCUUUGGAUAUGGAUUUUCUAAAAAGUGAUGUUUUAUUGUUUAUCAUCUAAUGGCUGUAAACUGUAGUACUAGAAUAAAAAAAAAAAAUUGGAAAAUCA